CCCGAAUUAAAACCCACCCUAAAUUAAAACCCCAACCCAAAUUAAAACCCCACCCCAAUUAAAAACCCUACACUCGUACACUCUCUCAUUUUAGAACGUUAAGGGUCAAGAGCGGAGGCUUAGAUCUGUGUUGCAAUUGAAGCUCAAAAAGGUUAAAGAUGGUUCAUUUGGAACUGGUUUUCAAUCAUGGUGGUGAAUGGAUAACUAAAACCUAUGCUCUCUAUUCAACUAAGGAAGUUCAUCCUUGGAGAGGGUGUGACUCAGACCUUCUAUCCUUUAAAGAUUUAGUUGAUGAAUAUAUUGAAAAAUUAGGGUUUGUAGGGGUUCAACAACUAAUUAUUACUGGUCCAUCUGGAAAAUAUUAUGAGAUUGAAGAUGAUGUUGGAAUUAGGACCCUGUUGUGUCUUGGCAGUAAUAAGUUUAGUGUUAUCAAUAUUUAUGUUGUAGAUGAUUAUUGUGAGCUUGUUGUUGUUGUCCCCUCUAUUGUCCACCAUACUGAGACUUAUGCAGCUGUAGCUUCAGUUGUUAAUGAUGGUAGUAGUACUGAAAAUAAAGGGGAGGAUGAUGAUGAAAUUGAUCCUGAAGAUUUGGACUAUGACUCUGAAUAAAUAGGUUGCUUUCUGGCACAAAGAAAACAAGAAGUUACUGAACACCUUAUUGAGUAUAAAGAGAUAAAUAGUGGUAUGUCUUUUAAAGAUAUAGCUGAAGCUAGGAAUUUUUUGAACUUGUAUGCAAUGGUUAGUAAGAAGGAGUUAGUGCUUUUGAAGAGUGACAACAAUAGGUUGAGAUAUAGGUGUGAAGAGGGCUGCCAAUUUAUUUGUCUAAUAUCCAAGGACAAAGGCAUGGAGGGUUGUAGAGUAAAGACAUUAAACACAAAACAAGAUUGCAAUGAUAACUUUGACAACAGUAGGGUUGAUUAUUUAACCAUUGCACACUACUUCAAGAUGAAGUUGCAAGAUGGUCCUAAGUACAAAGUGAGAGAGAUGAGAAUUAAUUUGCAAGCUGCCUUUAACCUUAAUGCUAUUCAUGGUAAGUGUAAAAAAGGAAAAGAGAAUGAACUUGGAGAAGCUUGAUUGACCUUGGAGAAGCUUGAAGGCAGUUUCAAUGAUGAUUACAACAAGUUGGAGGGUUAUGCCAAAGCUUUGAGGGAUAGUAAUCCUGGAUCUGAUGUGAUUAUUAACUUAUCCAAGGAGGCACUACUUCAAAGCAAAAGAAAAUUCCUUAGAAUGUACAUUUGUUUCCAGGCCCUAAAGAUGGGAUACAAAGAUGGUUUGAGGCCAUUUAUUGGACUUGAUGGCACUUUCUUGAAAGGGAAAGAAAAAGGCCAACUGUUAGUGGCUCUUGGGCAAGACAGCCAGAACCAUUUCUAUCCUCUAGCAUGGGCAGUUGUUGAUAAAGAAACAAACAAGAGUUGGACCUGGUUUAUAGAGCAUCUGGAGGGUUCAUUGGAGUUGAAUAUAGGAGAAGGAGUUACAUUUAUCUCAGACAUGCAGAAGGGAUUAAUUAAUGCCAUUAAAAAUGUGCUUCCACAAGCAAAAAGAAGGUGUUGUGCCAAACAUGUUGAAGCAAAUUGGGCAAAAAAUGGAAGAUCCUUGAAGAUGAAGAAGCUGUUUUGGUGGGCGUCAUGGUCAAAUUAUCCAGAAGAGUUUAAAGACCAAUUGAUGUGUAUGGGCAAGUCGAGUGAAGCUGCUGUUAAGUCAUUAUUGAAGUAUCCUUCCCAGAGUUGGUGUAGGGCAUAUUUUGACAUUAUUUGCAAGAAUCCAUCUGUCACCAACAAUCACUGAGUCUUUCAACAAAUGGAUUUUGGAUGCUAGAUAUAAGCCAAUAAUUAAUAUGCUUGAAACUGUAAGGGUGAAGGUAAUGAAUCAUUUAAGAAAACAUGAAGAGAAAGUGAGUUCAUGGAGACAAGAGUACAGUCCCAACUGCUUAGAACUGUAUUAUGACUUUCUCAAAAUUGCUCAAGUCUGUGUGGUGGAAGCAAAUAGUGAUGAUGGUUUUGAAGUUUCAGAGGGGCAAGACAAGCACAUUGUGAAGUUGGAGAUGAGAAGAUGCACAUGUAGGAUGUGAGACAUCUUUGGGAUCCCAUGUCCUCAGGCAAUAAAGGCAAUGCAGUAUUUGAAAAAAGACCCUGUAAGGGAGAUACACUGGUGGUACACCAAAGAAGCAUACCUGCUGACUUAUCACCACAAGAUACAACCAGUUCCUGGUGAGAAAUUCUAGACAAUUGGUCCAGCUAAUGCAAUGGAUCCACCUGAUAUGGUGACUUUAGCAGGCAGGCCUAGAAUCAAGAGACUUAGGCAAAAAAAUAAAGCUAGUAAGAGGCAAGGUGAGUGGAGUUUGUCCAGGAAAGGAAGAAUUAUGACUUGUGGGACUUGUGGAGAAUCUGACCACAAUGCAAGGGGAUGCAAAAGCCAGUAAAAGCAAGGAAAACUAAGGAAAGUUCAGGUGCAGGUCAAUCUAAAGCCAAGAACUGUUUUGAGGUGGGACAGUCAUCAAAAAGUAGGCGGCCUGCAGCUAAGAGAAAGGGAACUCUACUUGAUGAAAAUAGUGAAGAUGAAGUCAUGCAGACCUAAGAAUAUGUUCAACCAUCUACACUUCAAGUGUCCACGUUUAUUCAAGACUUUGUGUUCAAUGCUUUUCCAAAAUUUGAAUAUCCAUCCUUUGAACAUGAUCCUGACCCAGUACUAAGGGAUUGUAUUAUAUCAGAAGCAGAAAUUAGGUUUCAGCCUAGGCAGAAUAUUCAAGUGUCUUCUUGGACAAGAAGAAUUAGCUUUGUAGAGGUGUUAGUGAACCCACAGAUAUUCCUUACUCACCAUCAAAGCUCAAAUAGAAGGGAAAGGCUGUAGUGACUAGUAAUCAUCUUGAGAAACAAAGCAGACAGUAAAGACUUGAGAAAUUAAGAGCAAAAAAGGGGAAAGGAAUAUCCAUCCUUUAGUUUGGUGUUACUUUGUUGUUAUUUUGGGAUGUAAUAACUGCUUAAUGACAGUAUAUUAUGUGUAGUUUAAUGUUCUUUUGGCUAUGAUUUGGAUGUCAUGUUGUGACAUAGGUUGUGUAAGUUUUUGCAGUUACAACAUAGUAUCCAAAACUCUUGAGUUUGUGUACAUGUCUAACUGUUGACAUGCUUAACGUAACUAGGAGUGUGAAUGUUAAACUUCAU